CACACACACGCUGCCUUCGGAAAAAAAGAUCAAUUUCUUUCGCUCUGAUCCCCUUGAAAGUCUCGGGAAAGUUUCGGUUUCGUCCCUCCCUGCCCGCCCCUGCAGAGUUCGGGUAAUGCCUGCUGGUAUGUUCAGCAUCGACAACAUCCUGGCCGCCAGACCCCGCUGCAAGGAGUCGGUCCUGCUGCACCAGAGCGCCGCGCCGGUGGUGUUCUCCAACCUGCAUGGGGACUCCCUCUACGGCACCGAUUACAGCGGAUUUUACUCCCGGGCGGUGGCUCCCGCUUCCAAUCUGCCCGCGGUCAGUGGAUCUAGGAUUGCCUACAACAACUACUACUACGGGCAGCUGCAUGUGCAGGCGUCCCCCGUGGGUCCUUCGUGCUGUGGGGCCAUGCAGCCUCUGGGCGCGCAGCAGUGUUCGUGCGUCCCUGCAACAGGCUACGAGGGUACUGGGUCAGUCCUGAUGUCGCCUGUGCCCCACCAGAUGUUGCCGUAUAUGAACGUGGGCACCUUGUCCCGGACUGAGCUGCAGUUACUGAACCAGCUGCACUGCAGGAGGAAAAGACGACACCGAACUAUCUUCACUGACGAGCAGCUGGAAGCUUUGGAAAACCUCUUCCAGGAAACUAAAUACCCAGAUGUGGGCACCAGGGAACAGCUGGCCAGGAGGGUGCAUUUAAGAGAGGAAAAAGUGGAGGUUUGGUUCAAGAACCGCCGGGCAAAAUGGAGAAGGCAAAAGAGAUCCUCUUCGGAGGAGUCAGAAAACGCACAGAAAUGGAAUAAAGCUUCCAAAACGCCCCCAGAAAAGAGGCAAGAAGAAGGGAAAAGUGAUUUGGACUCCGAUAGUUGAUACCUUGCAAAUGGACCCUUGCCGUGGACUGUGGGACUUGCACAAAAGGAUGCUACUUGCACACACUCUGCCUUGUUGGAGGGAAAAGAGAUCUGUAUAUAGUGUACAUUGCCCCGAGGUGAUUGCUUGUAAAUAAAGUAAGUUGCGGAGGUGUUGCACAGGUAUACACCGGCCCCUUUAUUUAUCUUUGUGCUAUUUACAGAUACUUUAAAUCCGAUGGUGGCGACAUAUUUUUCCUUAAUCUAGAAAAAGGGGCGUCUGCAGUUAUUUAUUUAGCAGGGUUUGACUAGUUUGGAAAGAGUGGAAGAUACGGUGUUGUAAAUGGUGCUCAUUUGUAACUGAUUAAUCCCUAAUUUCAGAGUGUGAAGUGAUGUUUAAAUUUAUUAGCAGG